CGGUGUGACAGCUCAGAGCUGUCCACGUCAACACACCGAGCGAGCACGGCGGCAGCGAUGGACUCCACGUCUCUGGAACCUUCCCUCUACACAGUGAAAGCUGUUUUCAUCCUUGAUAAUGAUGGCAACAGACUUCUGUCAAAGUACUACGACCCUGAGCUUUACCCCUCCAUGAAGGAGCAGAAGAAUUUUGAGAGGAACGUUUUCAACAAGACACACAAAGCAGACAAUGAGAUAGCUUUCCUGGAGGGGAUGACUAUCGUCUAUAAGGGCAGUAUAGACCUCUUCUUCUAUGUGGUGGGAAGCGCUCAGGAGAACGAGCUGAUGCUCAUGUCGGUACUGAACUGCCUAUUUGACUCCCUCAGUCAGAUCCUCAGGAAAAAUGUGGAGCGGAGGUGUUUACUGGAUAAUAUGGAAGGAGUGUUCCUGGUAGUGGAUGAAAUCAUUGAUGGAGGGGUGAUUCUGGAGAGUGACCCACAGCAGGUCCUACAGAAGGUCAGCUACAGGGCGGAUGAGAACCCAUUAUCUGAACAAAGUGUGGCCCAGGUUCUGCAGUCGGCCAAGGAGCAGAUCAAAUGGUCCAUACUGAAAUGACGCAGACCAGACAAAUUUAGGAUUCUCAAGAAAGAAUAUUUCUAGUCCCAAAGCUAUUUUUUAUAGUAACAGACUAAAGGGAAGAUUAUUACAAGUGAGGUGGACAGUGUCCUGCUUUAUAUAGCAAUGAAUCAAUCAGAAAUAGGGUUUUGUUUCUCUGUGCAAUGGCAUUUUGUUACAUUGUGUGUGACGUGAUUAAUUUAGCUGGUUCGAGAGUGAUUUUAGUCCAUACUAGAGAUGUCAACAGGCCAAAUGACACCAGGCGCUUUAUUCAAAAGUGUCUCAGAAAUGAAAAGUAAAGACUCAAGAGUCCGCCUGUACUUCUUUAUGAAACUGGACGGUUAUCAAACACUAAAAUAGUAGUGACCAGUGUUUUAUUGCUUUAUAUUUUGGCGGAGCAGGAUCUUCCAGGCUUAUUCACUCAAAACAGGAUUUAUUUUAGCUGUUUUGUAUUUGGAAAUUUGGAAAUUACAGUUUUAUACACGUUACCUGAAGUUUUAUUUUUCCACAAAAUGUUACAUUUCCAAAGUAUUUUGGAACAACAAAGUUGCCAACAUUUACAAAAAAUACACACGGCUGUGUCCUGUAAAUUGUUACAAUUUGUAAAAUAUAUUUUACUUAAACAUUUAAAUCAACGAGGAUAAUCUGGGAAAUAAGAAACUCAUUUGUGCACUGAACUGCUCAGUUUAAUAAAGUUGCUGUUGUUCUGUU